CUGGACAGCAGCGUCGGAUCAGUCAGCAGUGGAUCGACCGAGCUGCCGCGGACCGCACGGGUUUGUGGGGAAGGGAGCAGGGACUACAGAAUGAAGUACAGAUGAAGAAGAGUAGAUUUGUCUGGUUGUUUUCAGAAAAGUUGUACCCGCACAGACAAGGCGACCGGAUAACACGCACAACACAUUUAGUGCUGGAGUAGAUAUUGCUGUACGGGCUGCUUGUGGAGAACAUCUUGCUUAAGAGAGGAGCGAGGUCCUGGGAUGUUUGCUCUCUGUCAUUUCCCUGUCUCCCCCGGACCGUCAUACGGAGGACGCAGAGCGACACUCUGAGCGUGUGUGGUGUGUCUGACGCCGUCGGGGUGCCAUGGCUCUGGUACAGGCACUACCUGUGACCGUGAGUGACCACCCCAAUCCAGGUCUCGACGUCCAGCAUUGCCGGCCGCUAUCAUCCCACUCCCCCUCAGGCCUCUGCCCGGGCCCCUGUGGGCCCUGCAGCUCCGGGACAACCAUGGGUUCUGUCAGCAGCCUAAUAUCAGGCCGGACGUAUCAGGAGAGACACUGCCGGGCCGCCAGCGAAUUCACCACUAAGUCACGUCGCUCCACACCGGCAACCAGCUGCUUCCGGCUCCAGGAUAACACCCUCCGCAGCGGGAGCUCCCUGGAGCAGCUCCUGGUUAUCAGCAACCAAACGCUUCCCAAGGCCCAGGUUCUGCCUCCACCGCUGCCCACCAAGAAGCAGCCCCGGCCUGGUAACUCUGCUGGAGCAGUAGGUGGUGGCACUAAUGGGAACUCUGGAUAUGUGUGCGAUGAAGUCGUGGUCGGAGACUGGAACGACAACCUGGUGCUGGCAGCUGCAAGCCCCUGCAGUGACUCUGAAGACCAAAGGGAUAACAGGACUCUGAACGGCAACAUUGGAGGGCCUCCUCCCAAACUCAUCCCAGUGUCCGGACAGUUAGAGAAGAACAUGGAGAAAGUGCUGAUCCGUCCUACAGCAUUUAAACCUGUCAUUCCCAAGAACCGUCACUCUGUGCAGUACUUGUCACCACGGCCUGUGAUCAGCAGUCUGUCAGAGAGCCAGGCCAGCCUCAACCUCCUGCUGCCCCUCGGGGGAUCCAACAGCGCCGGCGGCACAAACGGCAUCAUAGGUAGUAGCAGUUCUAGCACUGAAGGGAAGCGCAACUCCUACAGCGGAGGUCGCAAUGCUCGGAACAGCCAGUCCUGCUCCAUGUCUGAUUCAGGGAGGAACUCCCUCUCCAGCCUCCCUACUCACAGCAGCACAGGUUAUAGUCUGGCCCCCAGUGAGGGCUCCAGUUCUGGCUCCGGAGGCCAGCUGGAGCCUGUGACAGGCCUGGGUCGAAACACCUCAGGUGGAAGUGGGAGCCACGGCCACACUAACUCAGACAGUGGACGUUCCUCAUCGAGCAAGAGCACAGGCUCGGGGUCGCUAAGCGGGCGCGGGCAGCCCCUGUCAGACAGCGGGUCCUGUGGCCACUCGCCACCACCCAUGGAGGGCUACGAGGCGGUGGUGAGGGAGCUGGAGGAGAAGCUGAGGGAACGAGACCUGGAGCUCCAGCAGCUCCGGGAAAAUCUGGAUGAGAAUGAAGCUGCCAUCUGCCAAGUGUAUGAGGAGAAGCAGCGUCGCUGUGAGAGAGAGAUGGAGGAGCUGAGACAAAACUGUGCAACAAAGAUGAAGCAGGCUUCUCAGAAGGCCCAGAGGGCACAGCAGGUGCUACAGUUACAGGUAUUUCAACUACAGCAAGAGAAAAAGAAGCUGCAGGAGGACUUCUCCUCUCUGCUGCAGGACAGGGAGACGCUGGAAAGGAGGUGUGCCACCAUACAGAGGGAGCAGACUCAGCUGGGGCCACGUCUGGAAGAGACAAAGUGGGAGGUGUGUCAGAAGUCAGGAGAGAUCUCCCUCCUGAAGCAGCAGCUGAAGGAGAUCCAGUCGGAGCUCAGCCAGAAGGCCGGAGAAAUUGUGGGGCUGAAGGCUCAGCUGAGAGAAGCCCGCUCUGAACUGCAAGCCAGCCAGGCUCGAUCCCACGAGGCUGGGAUGGCCCUGCGGACGCGCUCUCUGGAGCUAGAAGUCUGCGAGAACGAACUCCAGAGGCGCAAGAGCGAAGCUGAACUUCUCCGGGAGAAAUUGGGCCGAUUGGAAGAGGAGUCAGCCCGCCUCCGGGACACUCUGUCCAUUCACAGCGGACACUCUCUGCCUGCAAAUCUAUCCAUGAAGGGGCAAUGCAUGAGCCUCUCCCUCCAGCAGGGUAGAGGUAUGACAGGGAGGGGCGGUCCCAGUCCGUCUUUGUACCGGGAUGCAGAUGAGACUCAUCUGGUCUGGGGCGGGGAGAGUGAUGAAGCCAAGGCACAGAGGCAGAAUGCAGAAGCAGUGUUGGGACUCAGACAACAGGUGGACAGGCUCAAGGCUGAACUCAUGUACGAGAGGAGGACUAAUGAGGAGCAACUGUCACGGUUUGAGGAUGAGAGGAGGGUCUGGCAGGAAGAGAAGGAAAAGGUAAUCCGCUACCAGAAACAGCUGCAGCAGAACUACAUCCAGAUGUACCGUCGAAACCGGGAUCUAGAGCGAGUGAUGAGGGAGCUGAGUCUGGAGCUGGAGAACAGGGACAUGGAGGACUAUGAGGUUCACAGUGGCAGCAACGACAUCCACUUUGAGGAAAUCACCGCCACUGAGAUCUAAAAAAAACAAACAACACACACUUACAGUAAUAUGUGCACAGAAACAUGGAAACACAACUCACAAAAUAUUCUAAGGAUGUAAAACAAACAUUGAACUCCAGGCCAAAUACUGCACUAUCUUCAACAUGGCUUCACCUGGACCAUUGAGCGAGCACUCACCACUUGGCGAAAGGGAGAUCUCCCAAAGGUGCAUUCUCACUCCCUGCAAGUACUCCAAUAAAUCCUCGUAAAGUGUCCCCUCCGGCGCUUUUAACAGGUUUUUUUCCACUACAAAGCCAGCACAAAGACUUAUUUCCCUCCGUGGCAGCAAAAGCAGUGAAAGAGAAAGUAUUUCUUCCUCAGACCACAUUCAAAUCAGGGUAUUGAAAACCGUCGGGAACUUGAUGCAAAAAAUGUCAUAGAGGCACAGCAGUCUGGUCAAAGUGCAGGCGCACCUUUCUCGGUAGCACACGCGAUUAAACACACGGCCACCAGCAUGCAUGAAAUGAUGCAUUAUGAUCGUCACUAGUCCCAUCACCACCGCCGCCGCUGCUGGAUACAACAACCACAGCUGCCCCAGUCCUCCGAGUAACUGCUGAAGGGGAAGAAAACACUAAAUAUUACAACUUCUGCUAUUUGUAUAUUAUGGUGUUCAAAGGAUCAGCAGUUAAUUUAAUUUUUAGAUAAAAGGAUAACAAUAUUUUUGUUUUUGUGCUGUAUUUGCUCAGCAGAGUGUAUUUCCUAAAAGAAUGUAUUGUGACUGUUAUCACUCCAGAGUAAUGCAGUAUAAAUGGUCAUCACCCGCAAUGAAAUAAUCUGCUCACCAAGGGAAACAUGGUUCAUCAUUUUGCACAACUUUUUUUCUUCUUCUUCGGGAUACAACUGUCGUUCUUGUGAAGCAAACCAUCAGACUUCAACCAACUAAUCCGCCAUUUUCCGACACAGACACCAAACGUUCAAAGGACACUGCUUAUGUUUUCUAGACCACCAACAGUCAUGCUGUUACGUUCGACCAAUUCGUCAACUCAGUCGGACAACGCUCUGACAAACAUUUUUUAUUUUACAAUUAUGUAACAUUAGGAAGCAGACAGUAGCACGGGAGAUAUCACCAGAUAUGCUGAUUCUCCUCUUUCUCUUUCUAUUUCCGCCUUUGUCUCUAUGUCUGCUCUCUCUUUCCAUCUCUAUCUCUGCUCCUUACUCGACUAUUUUUAUAACAGUCGGCAGUUGGUGUCAGGAAACUAAAAAUGGAGCAUAUCCUUUCAGUUUGCUCGUGACGUCACUGAGAGAUUUAAGGCAUGCUUAAUAAAUAAAGUUUCCAUUUAUUCUCUUUCAUUCUCAUUAAUGCUCUUUAUUUAGCUUUUGCCAACCCGAAGCCAAAUAACACUUUUAAAGUCUUCCUAGUCUCCCCUGGACUAUAAUCUUCACUGACUGCUAUACAGGUAGCAAGGCUGGCAUGUCUGCAUGUCUUUGUUGUAUCAGAUUUCAGAAGAAGCCGGUUCAGAUAGCAGUGAGAUGAGAAUUUACAGAUGCAGUAGCUCCAGUGCUGAACAUCCUCAAGGCAGGUCGGCUGUCAAAGCCCUAAAUAUAAACUUGUGCGGAGCAUGUUAACAUUUGAGGCUGUUUUCUCACAGUGUAUGGAGGGCUGUGAAUACCACUGAGCAUGGUGGGUCUCUACAGAAAAAGGUAGUGGGCUGAGAACCUUUAUUUUACAAAGAGUCUAUAUCAAGGAAUAAUAAUUAAAUGGAAAUCUAUAUAAUGGAGGAGAUGUUGUAUAUUUUUUUAUAUAUAGCACCUGAAGAUAUUUUGUUGUAUUACUGAUAUAAGUGUGGGUUUAAUAUACAAAAUAUA